AGACCGGAUUAGUCAGACAGUCGCAAACUCCCCAGGACCUCCCACAUCAGCAAGUUAUACCUGCUUUAAAACUUAUACCGCUUCGAAAUCAACAAUGACUUCAAACUUUAAGUUGACACUCCUUCUCGUUGCUCUGCUUGUGGCUGUGGCUGUGGCGACCAAAGUCAAGGGUAAACACGGUUACGGGGGCUAUGGCUUGGGCUAUGGACACGGUGGGUACGGUGGGUACGGAGGCUAUGGUUACGGGGGCCAUGGAGGCUAUGGCUAUCCAUUUUACGGAGGCUUCUACGGUCCUCAUUACGGAAAGGGAUAUGGUGGCUUUGGAUAUAAAGGUUACAGCCAUUUUGGAUACGGGCACGGCUAUUAAGACUACGGAUCACCGAAGAUGAAAUUUCUACCAAAAUUCAACAUUUUUUCGCAAGACGUGCAAUAAUUCCACGUGCACUAUACAGCCUUUAUGUAUUUAUGUAAACAUUUGGCCAGUUUCUGCGCGUUUUUACAAAUAAAAAUUAUUCCAAAAUA